AGGUCAUUAGAGGGCUAAUCCAAAUAAUCUAAAAAGAAAAAUGGCCAUAUCCCGGCAAAUUGUAACAAAAGUUAUGGUAUCAACUUUUCACCUGCAUUCGAAAAUAAAUGGCACAUUUCUGGAAGCCGGGAACUGAGCGACCCCGUCUAGUCGACGACGAAGACGGCGGUGUCCUCCUCUACUCGUCCUCACCUUCAUUCUCAUCCGGAUUCGGAUAUGGGAAUAUAGAGAAGCAGAGACAAAGGCUUCCGGUGUACAAGUACAGAACUGCCAUCCUCUAUUUGGUGGAGACACAUUCCACCACUAUCAUUGUGGGCGAGACAGGAAGCGGAAAAACAACUCAGAUUCCUCAGUAUCUUAAUGAAGCUGGGUGGGCAGAGGGAGGGCGCCUAAUUGCUUGUACCCAACCUCGGAGAUUGGCUGUGCAGGCAGUUGCAUCUAGGGUUGCUGAAGAGAUGGGAGUAAAACUGGGUGAGGAAGUAGGAUACACAAUCCGAUUUGAAGAUGUUACUAAUACAGACUUGACAAGAAUUAAAUUCUUAACUGAUGGAGUAUUGCUGAGGGAAAUGAUGGAUGAUCCUCUACUGAGCAAGUAUAGCGUGGUAAUGGUAGAUGAAGCUCACGAAAGGUCUAUUUCCACUGAUAUCUUAAUUGGACUUCUGAAAAAGAUUCAACGACGCCGGCAUGAGCUGCGUCUUAUCAUUGCUUCAGCUACAAUAGAAGCAAGAUCAAUGUCGGAUUAUUUUAAAACCAGAAGGCGUCUACAAGAUCAGGAGGAGAAAGGACCUAGUAGAAAACCUACCAUUCUUUCAGUAGAGGGCAGGGGAUAUAAUGUGGAGGUUUUUUAUGCUGACAAUCCUGUUCCUGAUUAUGUCCAAGCUGCUGUUUCAACUGUGUUGUCAAUCCAUGAUCAUGAGCCAAUGGGAGAUAUCUUGUUGUUCCUCACUGGUCAAGAUGAGAUUGAAACUGCAGUUCAGAUGCUUACAGAUGAAACCCAAAGUAAACAGAAACAAGGACUGGUUGUUGUACCACUAUUCUCAGGUCUUUCACGAGCUGAUCAGGAUAUUGUGUUCUCUCCAACUCCCAGAGGAAAAAGGAAAGUGAUAAUAUCAACAAAUAUUGCCGAGACUUCAUUAACUUUAGAGGGUAUUGUUUAUGUAGUUGAUAGUGGGUUUUCAAAACAACGGUUCUACAAUCCGAUUUCAGACAUUGAGAACUUGAUAGUAGCUCCCAUAUCCAAGGCAUCCGCCCGACAAAGAGCUGGUAGGGCUGGAAGAGUUCGACCUGGAAAAUGUUUCAGGCUUUAUACUGAAGAGUGUUAUAUAAAUGAGAUGCCUUCCCAGGGAAUUCCAGAGAUACAGAGGUCAAACCUGGUUUCAUGUAUUAUUCAGUUAAAGGCCUUGGGGAUUGACAAUAUAUUAGGCUUUGAUUGGCCUGCAUCUCCAUCACCUGAAGCAAUGAUUAGAGCACUCGAAAUAUUGUACUCUCUUGAGGUCCUUGAUGAUGAUGCUAAACUCACUUCACCUACUGGAUUUCAAGUCGCUGAGAUUCCAAUGGACCCAAUGAUCUCAAAAAUGAUUUUGGCUUCAAGUGCUUCUGGAUGCUCCGAGGAAAUAAUUACCAUUUCUGCUGUUCUCUCAGUACAGUCCAUUUGGAUUUCCCUGAGAGGAGUACAAAAGGAAAUGGAUGAAGCCAAGUCAAGAUUUGCUGCAGCUGAGGGUGAUCACGUGACUUUCUUAAAUGUGUACAAAGGAUUCAUCCAGUCAAAACAAUCAUCGAAGUGGUGUCAAAAUAAUUUUAUUAACUAUCAUGCCAUGAAAAAGGUUAUGGAAGUUAGGGAGCAGCUUAGAAGGACUGCACUGCGCUUGGGCUUGAGCUUGAAAUCUUGUGAGGGGGACAUGCUGGUACUAAGGAAGGCGAUUACAAUGGGUUUUUUUGCUAAUGCGUGUCGUUUGGAACCAUAUAGUCACAAUGGCAUGUACAAGACAAUAAGGAGUUCUCAAGAAGUUUAUAUUCAUCCUUCAUCUAUUUUAUUCAGGGUGAAUCCGAAGUGGGUAAUAUACCAAACUCUAGUUUCCACAGAUCGGCAGUACAUGCGAAAUGUGAUAUCAAUAGAUCCAUGUUGGUUGAGAGAGGCUGCUCCACAUUUUUACCAUCUGCAACACCCCAUCUCUUCUAUCCCUCAUUGAUUUAUUCUCUUUUGUCCACCCUCCUUUGAAGUGUAAUGUGAUGUGUAUUGCAUUUAUAUACGAUAUUAGCUGACAUAUUUACUACCUACUUAUACAGUUAUACAUUAUGUAAUAACUAUAAAAGGGACCUCACCCUGGUAGUUUUUAGGGUCGUGCAAGGAUUAGGAUUUCACUUUGGUAGCAGCUGCUGUGCAGCUAGAGUUCACCUAGGGCUGUGGCGGUGUGGGGGUUGGGAAGGUGGGGUUGGGUUGUGGCACAAGCAAUGAUAGGUGGAUUGUUGGUGGAGGGACAGAUCAACGAGGGUCACUAGGGGUGGUGACUGGUGAGUUCACAUGUGGUGGGCAAUUGUACUAGGGGUAUGGGUGGACCCUAUCCUGGUCCGGUCUUGGUCCCGGUCCCGGACUGGCCAGUCAUGGUCCCCUAGAAUUGAAGCCCAGAAUCGAUCCGGUUUUACCGGUUUUGGUCUGGUCCCAGGUACUUGGCUGGUCUCGGCCCCAGGUUGGUUUGUGCAUUUUUUUUGUAAAACAAAUAACAAAUGCUACACAUUCAAAAAUGAAUUGUAGAUUUAUUUGAAGCACUAAAUUGAAUUGUCGUAUUAGACAAUUACAUGAACUAGUAGUAAUGAUGUUUUCUUUUGGAC